AUUAGGUCUCCAAAUAAGUUCCGGGUCAAAAAUCAUAACUUUUUUUGCCUUUUAUAGAUUUUUUUGAAACUUUGGGAAUUUAUGUUAUCAACUAUGACCUUUCAUUUUGAAAUGGUCACAAAAUUUUUUGACCACCCGGAGUGCCCUAACUCGGAGCCAUUUUUUUCAGGCAUUUUUCUGAUCUCGCUUCUUUGCAGCUUUGAACUAAGGUUUGUGUG